GCAACCCGAUCGCCCGCAGCUGGUAAUCCCUCAAUCAAUAACAUUUGCAAUGACAAAAUUACCCCCAAUCAAAACCCUCUUUCCCUCUCCGUUUUCCCUUUUCCCAACCCAUCUCCUAAGCAGAUUGCAGUGAUCGCUGCAACCCGAUCGCUCGCAAACGAUAAGCGCUCAAUCCGUCAAUCUCAGAUCGUCUUUCUUCUCUUCAAAAUUCAUCUUCAGAGCUUGGAUUUGAGAUCUGUAGUCGUCUUCAACUGGCUAAUUCAAUCCUUCUUGAAGGCGCUUCAAAUGGCGCAGAAGAAGUGCUUCUGGGUGUGGGUGACUGCAUCACUCAUCUUUCGGCUCCUUCUGAUAUAUUUCCCCAAAAAUCUCAACUUGAGUUCUCGCCCCGAAGUCGCCACACCUCUCACUAGUCUCCGUCGCUUGGCCGAAGGUUACUGGUUAAGGCAGUCAUCGAUGUCUCCUUACGCAGGAUCAAUGUACCAUGGUUCUCCGCUGCUGCUGUCCAUUCUUGGGCCUUUAACUGUUAAGAGAAUUGAAGGGCAACCUAGUCAUCUUAUUUGCAGUUUGUUGUUUGUGGUAGCAGAUUUUGUUACUGCAAUGCUUAUCCGUGCUACUGGUCAGAAUCUUCAGUUGGUAUAUAGACAGAGUUUGAAAGCACUAAGAGUUGCCACAUCUGAGAUUCUCUCUGCUGGAGAUAUUGCUGCUCUUAUAUACUUAUGGAAUCCUUUAACAGUAGUCACUUGUGUGGGUUAUUCCACAUCUCCCAUUGAAAACCUGAUGAUUGUCUUGACCCUUUAUGGAGCAUGUUCACGUUUGGCUCCCUUGGCGGCAUUUGGGUGGGUCAUUUCAAUGCAUUUGUCUCUUUAUCCUGCUAUCCUAAUAAUACCAGUGAUUCUUUUAGUAGGAUAUGGUCCUGAUGCUCCUCCAAGAAAGUUGUUCCUGAAAGGAAACUUUGGUACAGAUGGAAGUGACCCCUCAAAUCUUAGCUGCUAUCAAGGCAAUGAAGUGACAACUCACAAGAUGCUCCCAAUUAGACCUUUCUCGUGGAAACCUGUCAUGCAUUUCAUAUUCUGGGCAUUCAUCUGGUCAGUUUAUGUUUUAGUUCUCUGCAGCAUCUCCCUCAAACAGUAUGGGGGACUUUGGGAAAUGCUCAAAAGAACACAUGGCUUUAUUCUAACUGUGGAAGAUCUUUCCCCAAAUAUUGGUGUCUUAUGGUACUUCUUUGCAGAAGUUUUCAACUUCUUCAGAGGUUUCUUUUUAAUGGUUUUCCAUGUGAAUAUUUUAUUUAUGAUAUUGCCAUUGGCUGUACGCCUCAACCACCGGCCGUGCUUUCUGGCUUUUGCAUACAUUUUGAUAUGUUCAAUGCUUAAAUCUUAUCCAUCGGUUGGAGAUUCCGCUCUGUACUUGGGGCUACUGGGCUUGUUUAUCAAUGAAUUAGCAGACAUGCAAUUCUCUUUCUUCCUGUUCUGUGGAUAUAUUGGAGUUUCUCUUCUCAGUCCUGUAAUGCACAACCUGUGGAUUUGGAGGGGUACUGGCAAUGCCAACUUUUACUUUGCUACUGGAAUUGCUUAUGCAUGCCUGCAGAUUAUUUUGGUGGUUGAGAGCGUAGGUGCUAUGCUGAGCCAUGAUAGGGCACUUAGAAAGAAAUCAACUGCAAGUCCUUGAAAUGGCUGGUUUUGGGGAGAUUUUGACUAUCCCUUGUGGCAUAUUUCCAUCGGCUACGUGUUUUUUUGUAACCCCAUAGCAGCGAAGGCAUUGUGUCAAGACUCUAUUCUGCUUGCAGUUGCUAACUGAAUGAGAUCUGCCUAUUCUUACUUCAUCUAACUGUGCAACCCUUGUGCUUACGGACUGGUUCCAGUGAACUUUGUUAUCCAGCCUCGUGAAGCAUUUCGCUCAGUUGGGAAAACCUUUUUUUUUAUUUUUUACAUAGUUUUGUGUGACAUGUAAGUAGAUUUUUUUAGUUAUUAUAAUCUUUUUGUAAUGGGUAAUUGUUUGUAUCAUAUUUGAGUUGCAUUUACUCCAGAGUGGUUGAACUUGUUCCUCUGACUACCUUGUGGUUGAAACUAUGUUGUUUUGAUUGUGGAAAAAGUGGUUCUUGUUUAAGAACAAA